CAUCAAUUGCCCUGUCGAGUGAUUACCCUGUCAUGGAUCGACGUCUUACAUCAAGGUCGCACGUCAGCUCGCAUCAAUAUCCAUGGAUGCUCGCCAAAGGAACAAUCAUCGCAUGGCGAUGAGGGCCCUUUUCCCAAGGCUCUACAGGGUAAGCACGGCACCGUUUCCCUGGGUUCCAAUCGUUUUACCGCUUUGACCACGAUACAUUCUGAACCCGUUGAGACCAUCGCAUGAGAUGCACGCAGUAGCACGUUGUAACGUUCAUUUUGCAACUGGUGAGCAUCUAACCUCGUUCAUGAGCUCAAUACUUUUCGCAUGACCCCUGUGGCCAUAUACCCGGAUUGUAUAGGUAUUACUUGACCGAUAACUUACUUGAGCGGACACCUGUUUUUGGCCACAAGUUGCUCCUUCGAAUGGUAAUAUUCACGGUAUUAAUGGACGCGCAUAUUCACUUUUGAUCGAAGCUAGAAUAGCAGCGGGCGACAUGGUAUCUCCAAGUCAUGAGAAAUUUCCGGACGAAGUCGAAACGCCCGAGACUGCUUCGACGCACGAGGACAGCGUCUCCGACAAGGUUGAUUCAUUUUCACCGACAGGUGCGCAUCACGAAACUAUCGUCAACGUCCAUGGACGAGCCGACGCACCGCCCAAUGGUGGGUACGGUUGGGUGUGUACGGCAUGUUGUGCUUUGAUAAAUGCACAUACCUGGGGCAUGAAUUCAUCUUAUGGAGUGUUCCUCGCUCAUUAUCUAGCGAACAACACGUUCCCAGGGGCGAGCCCUCUGGAAUAUGCCUUCGUUGGAUCGCUCUCCAUCUCAUGCGCAAUGCUAAUCUCUCCGCUGGCCACUUUGAGUACUCGACUCAUUGGGACCAGGAAGACUUUGGCGAUUGGAGUGGUCUUGCACGCGGGCAGCUUGAUUGGAGCAUCUUUUUGCGACAAAAUCUGGCAACUGUCUCUCUCGCAAGGAGUAGGCUUUGGCUUGGGUAUGGGUUUCCUGUACAUAGCCUCAAACGGCAUUCCGUUGCAAUGGUUCGAUACCCGAAGAUCACUCGCGAGUGGUAUUGCAGCUGCUGGUUCUGGAGUUGGUGGUCUGGUGUAUUCGCUGGCGUCCGGAGCAAUGAUCAGGUCCAUCGGCCUGCCUUGGACAUUCCGUGUUCUAGGCAUUGUUGCAUUUUCGGUCAAUAUGAUAUGUACCAUGCUUCUUAAAGACCGGAACAAGAUCAUCGGAACUACACACAUUCCUUUCGACAUCAAACUUCUCAAGCGAGUGGAAUUCCUGCUCUUGUCGGGAUACGGUUGGUUCAGCAUGCUUGCCUACGUCGUGCUCAUCUUCUCGCUUGCAAAUUAUGCGAAUGCCAUCGGAUUGAACGCGUCGCAGGCAUCGGUCGUUUCCGCGACUCUGAACCUUGGCCAAGCGCUCGGCCGACCGCCUAUCGGCUACUUCAGUGACGGUAUGGGAAGAAUCAACAUGGCCGCGCUCAUGACUUUUCUUUCCGGCCUGUUCGCCUUAGCCGUCUGGAUCCCAGCGAAGACCUACGGUGUGCUGAUAUUCUAUUCGAUCAUUGGAGGCAGCGUUGCGGGAACAUUCUGGGCGACGAUAGCACCCUUGAGCGCUGAAGUGGCGGGAAUCAAACAUGUCCCAUCUGCGCUGAGUGUGAUCUGGCUUGUCAUCGUGCUUCCAUGUACAUUCAGCGAGCCGAUUGCCCUCGAGAUCGUAGAUGGAACGGGCCGUUACAUUGGAACCCAGCUAUUUACUGGCUUAAUCUAUGUCGCCGCGGCGCUGAGUCUUGUGUUUCUGAGAGGAUGGAAGAUUGGCGAACUCGAUGCUUUGUCACAGAUGAGUGCUGGCAAACGGGCGGGGACAGAGGUAGAAGAUGCGGAAGCAAGGGCAGCGGGUCGACGACGCCUGCUUCGGGACUUUUGGAAAUGGCGUAGAGUAUAGAAUUGGCGAACUCUUUUUGGUCGAAUGACGUCUUCGCACUUUAUGAUCGUCACAACUGUGGAAUUGUUCGUUCUACAUUUUGCUAUCAUUCUCGAGACUCAAAU